GGGGUGCGGGGGAGGACGAGGGAAAUUGACUCUCCGGCCGCUGCUGUAGCUGCGUCCCGGGGCUCCAGCCUCCAGUGCCCCUGAAGAUGCCCGCUGAGGAGUUCGUGGCCGGCUGGAUCUCGGGCGCUUUGGGCCUGGUCCUGGGACACCCGUUUGACACGGUGAAGGUGCGGCUGCAGACGCAGAUGGCGUACCAGGGCAUCAUGGACUGCAUGCUCAAGACCUACCGGCAUGAAUCGAUCCUGGGCUUCUUCAAAGGCAUGAGCUUCCCCAUCGCCAGCAUCGCCGUGGUCAACUCCGUCCUGUUCGGCGUCUACAGCAACGCGCUGCUGGCGCUCACGGCCACCUCCCACCACGAGCGGCGCGCGCAGCCGCCCAGCUACACCCACGUCUUCAUAGCCGGCUGCACGGGGGGCUUCCUGCAGGCCUACUUCCUGGCCCCCUUCGAUCUCAUCAAAGUCCGACUGCAGAACCAGACGGAGCCGAGGGCACAGCGAGGGGGUCCCCUUCCCCGGUACCGGGGGCCCAUGCACUGCGCCAGCUCCAUCUUCCGGGAGGAGGGGCCCCGGGGGCUGUUCCGAGGCGCCUGGGCCCUGACUCUGAGAGACACCCCAACGCUGGGCAUCUACUUUGUCACUUACGAGUGGUUCUGUCGCCAGUACACGCCCGAUGGCCAGAAUCCCAGCUCGGCCACCGUGCUGGUGGCCGGCGGUCUGGCAGGCAUCACCUCCUGGGUGACGGCCACACCGCUGGACGUGAUCAAGUCCCGGAUGCAGAUGGCGGGGCUGGAGCAGCGGGCCUACCGCGGGGUGCUGGACUGCAUGGUCAGCAGCGCCCGGCAGGAGGGGCUCGGGGUCUUCUUUCGGGGGCUCGUCAUCAACAGUGCCCGCGCCUUCCCCGUCAACGCCGUCACCUUCCUCAGCUAUGAGUACAUCCUGCACGCCUUAGGGUGAGCCCGCGGGGCGGACGGAGAGCCCCUCCGGCCACACCCCUCCAGGGCCAGCCGGGGACCAGGCUGGACUCUGCCAGCCCAUCUGCGGGGGCCCAGCUUGGCUACCUGAGUGCCAGCUGCCCCGGAUUCCAGCGACGGGUCGUUGGUGGCCCCUCCUGUGUGUCCCCGUGGAACUGAGCAGCCGCCCCUGUCUCCUCCCUGGGACCCAGCCAGGACCCUGCAAUCUCCCUCCGCCCUGUGGCCUUGGCAGAGCCCCACAGAGUGACUCUGGCACCCCCUACGGGGCACUAGCUCCUGUCUCGGCUCCCCUCGUGCCUACCGUACACCCUAACUGAGGGGUGACAGGGUCCUCGGGCCCCUCCCCGCCACCAACCUGCACUUUACCUCCUCGUGGAUUUGCUUCCGGUGAGACUGUGAGCUUUGUGCCGCCGGGCUCGGGGUCGGGUCCUGCCCCCGCUAGCAGCUCAUGCCUCCGUGUUUGUUCCUUGACGUGCCACCACCGACAUCUCCCUGCAACCCAACCGCUCUGACUUCCUCGGACUGCAACCCCCCACUCAAGUUUGCCUGCCGGGGC